AUGGCCGCUCAGUCGACGCUCCGAGCUCGGGAAGACCCCCUCGUUGCGUUGUACACUCAUUACGCCAACCUACUCCGGUCUCGAUUCAAGCGAUCAUCGAAAUCUACCAAGCUUAUCGCAACCGCCAUCUUGCUUCUCUCUAUAGUGGGAAGUGGUUAUGGUGGAGUCAACUGGUACCGAGGGAAGGUCAUGGAACGCGCCCAGGGCAGAAGAUUGCUGCGUCGCAACUCAGGAAUCAGGGGCAAGGAUGGAUCCCGGACGAUUUACGUGCCUUACAAGGACUCGACCUCCAAGGUCAAGAUCAAUCCGACAAAGCCGACUACGUUCGAUGCGCAUAGGCGGUUGUUCUUGAACCCACCGUCCUCUGCUCGCCCUCAUAUUGGAGAAACCGGUUCGAUGGUCCCUCCCCCAACAACAAAACCGGGAUUGAAUCUUGCGUUUCUGCACCAGUUUCUCAGCCUUUGGAGUAUCAUGGUUCCUCGAUGGAGCAGCAAAGAGACCGGCCUGCUGAUGGGACAUGGCGUCUUCUUGCUGUUGAGAACGUAUCUUUCACUACUGAUCGCGCGAUUGGACGGUGAAAUCGUGAGGGAUCUUGUCGCGGGUAAAGGACGGGCAUUCAUAUGGGGCCUUGUGAAGUGGUGUGGCAUCGGGACACUGGCGUCAUAUACCAACGCCAUGAUCAAGUUCCUACAGUCAAAAGUCUCGAUUGCCUUCCGAACACGACUCACCCGAUAUAUCCACGACCUCUAUACUGCAGACAACAAUUACUAUAAAUUAUUGAACUUGGAUGGAGGUAUCGACCAAGGUGCAGACCAGUUCAUCACACAGGACCUCACUCUCUUUUGUUCGGCAGCCGCCGCACUUUAUUCUUCUAUGGGAAAGCCACUGGUUGACUUAUUUGUCUUCAAUUACCAGCUAUAUCGCUCGCUUGGACCUCUGGCCCUCGGUGGUAUCCUCACUGGAUACUUCAGCACGGCAGUGGUAUUGCGCAAGUUGUCACCGCCCUUUGGCAAACUCAAGGCUGUUGAAGGCAAGAAGGAAGGGGACUUCCGAGGUCUGCAUUCAAGGUUGCUUGCCAACGCCGAGGAAAUUUCCUUCUAUGGAGGUGCAGAUAUUGAGCGCGUUUUCUUGCUGAGGAGCUUCAAGGACCUGCAGCGGUGGAUGGAAGGUAUCUAUAGUCUUAAAAUCCGCUACAACAUGCUGGAAGACGUCAUCCUAAAGUACGCCUGGUCGGCCUUCGGUUAUCUUAUCACAUCUCUGCCAGUCUUCCUCCCCGCCUGGGGAGGUGCGGGUGGUGUCUUGGAGCUAGCGGACGCCUCUGAAGAUACCGGUCGCGAACGGGGUCGCAUGAAGGAGUUCAUCACGAAUAAACGCCUUAUGCUGUCUCUGGCCGACGCUGGUGGCCGGAUGAUGUACAGUAUCAAAGAUAUCUCGGAAUUGGCUGGCUAUACUUCGCGUGUUUAUACCCUGAUUUCAACUCUCCAUCGAGUCCAUGCGAGCGCCUACUACCCCCCACGCGACUCUCAUGCGGAACUGUACUCCCUGGCGGACGUACAGGGUACCAUUCACAACGGCUUUGACGGAGUGCGCCUAGAGCAAGUGCCGAUUGUUGCACCAUCUCUUUACCCUCGUGGCGGAGAUGAAUUGAUUGAAUCAUUGUCCUUUAUCGUGCAUUCUGGGGAGCAUCUGUUGAUCUCGGGACCAAAUGGUGUCGGAAAAUCGGCAAUUGCUCGAAUCGUUGCAGGCUUGUGGCCAGUUUACCGUGGCCUAGUCAGCCGCCCCAGAGGAUUUGGGCUGGAUGGAAUCAUGUUUCUUCCCCAAAGGCCCUACCUCAGCGUGGGGACUCUGCGUGAUCAAGUCAUUUACCCUCAUACCGAGAUCGACAUGCGCGAGGCCGGCCGAACAGACGCUGAACUCCAGAAAAUUCUGGAGGAUGCUCGUUUGGGGUACUUGCCUACCCGCGAGGGUGGGUGGAAUGCGCGUAAAGAGUGGAAGGAUGUCCUCAGUGGUGGCGAGAAGCAGCGCAUGGCUAUGGCGAGAUUGUUCUAUCACGAGCCUCACUACGCGUUUAUGGACGAAGGCACCUCGGCCGUCUCGUCGGAUGUCGAGGGCGUGCUCUAUGAACAAGCCAAGGAGAGGGGAAUUACCGUGAUCACAAUAUCCACGCGUGUCUCUCUGAAGAAGUAUCACACCUUCAACCUCACAUUGGGUCUAGGUUCCGAAGGGGAGCGGUGGGAGUUCGAGCGGAUUGGCACAGAGAAGGAGAAGUUGGGAGUGGAGAAGGAGAUCCAAGAACUUCACAAACGACUUGACAAAGUCGAUGAGUGGAAGCGACGGCGAGAGGAAAUUGAGAAGGAGCUGCAUAGGGUUUGGGUUGACGAGGGCGAGCUGUCUCCACCGCCAUAUGUGAGGGAAUCUGGAGAAGCCGAAACUGAGGCUGAGGAUGAUAGGGCACCAUAA